GAUCCUACUGCCGGCGGGCAAUGCGUGCACGCAUGCGCCGUGCACUGGUCCUCCGAGUGCGGACAUGCGCGGUGAGGCGAGGAGUGGGAGGUUUGAUGCCGCGCACCGUGGUCGUUGUGGGAGCUGGUGUCAGUGGCCUCGCUGCCGCUCUCCACCUCAGCAGAGUUGUACCUGCUGCCAAGGUGCUGCUGCUGGAAGCGAGUGAUCGCACGGGCGGUUGGCUGCAGACCACACGCACCGAGGAAGGGGCGAUAUUGGAGCACGGACCCAGGGGAGUCCGGUCAACAGGGACAGUGGGCACGAACACGCUCCAACUGGUUUCUGAGAUUGGUUUGGAAAGUGAAUUGCUUCCAAUCACUUACAAUGAUGCUGCAACCAAGAAUAGAUAUCUCUUCGUUGGCGGCAAGCUUUGCAAAUUGCCUACUAGUAUCAGGAGUGUGUUCAGCAAGUUACCUCCGUUCUCCCAGCCCCUGGCCUGGAGCCUGGCCCGGGAACCCAUCCUGCCACGGAGCAAGGAGGAGGACGAGAGUGUGCACGCAUUCUUCCCCCACAGGUUCGGGGCCGAGGGGAGAGUGGCGGACUAUGCGGCGGACAGCCUGUGCCGAGGGAUCUUUGCUGGUGACAGCCGGAAGCUCAGUGUCCGCUCCUGCUUCCCCCCACUCUUCAAGGCAGAGAGGAGCUGGGGCUCCGUGCUGCUCGGCAUGUUGGUUGGAUCAGGGGCUGUGAAGUGGGACGGAGCAAAGACGGAGGUGAUGGAGCGUGCGCGGCGCGAGGGCUGGGCACAGUGGAGCCUGCGCCGGGGGAUGCAGAGCCUGCCCGAGGCCAUGGAGGCUGCCUUACGGGCGAAGGGGGUGGAGAUCCACCUGCACACCCCCGUCACCGAAUUACGACCCGCUGCCGAUGGAGGCUGCCAGGUGCUGACAGAGGGAGGGAUCCUGGCAGCGGACCACGUUUUCUCUGCACUUCCUGCUGGAGUGCUGGGCCCGCUGCUGCCCCCUGCCUGGCGACCGCUGGCACAGGCCCUGGGCAAGAUCGGCAGCGUCUCUGUGGCCGUGGUGAACCUGGAGUACGAGGGACGAGUGCUGCCUGUCACGGGUUUCGGACACCUGAUUCCGUCGGGUGAGUGUGGGGAGAUUCUGGGUGUUGUCUACGACUCCUGCAGCACCCCCCAGCAUGACCGAUCGGGAUCACCGACCACCAGACUGACGGUCAUGAUGGGUGGAUCGUGGUUCACUGGUGCAUUCGGAGACCCACAGAGAGUGUCAAAGGAGCACCUGCUGGAACGAGCCAAGGAGGCAGUGCAGGAACAACUGGGAAUCGCAGGACAGCCACUGACAGCCAUCGUCAAAGUGCACAAGGAUUGUAUCCCACAGUAUGGAGUCGGACACUGGAAACUCCUGGCAGACAUCUCCAAGUGGACAGCCAGCCACCGUGUACCGCUGACGCUGCUCGGUGCGUCCUACGACGGCGUGUCGGUCAACGACUGCAUCUACCAGGCCCAGCGCGGGGUGGAGCGGCUGCAGGGGUGAGGGACGUCGCCGCCGGUCGCAGGCCUGUCGCCAGCUCACUCUCGCCCCCUGCACGGACUCGCCACCUCCACAGCGAGGGAUCCUCGGCCCCUGUACCGUUCAGCGUGGGCCGGGCAUUACCGGUUUCCCGGGGGACGCGAGCCAUGACUCGGCGAGCAGGGCUGGCACACAGCAGAUGCAUCGAUGCGUAAACCCGCAGCUGCAUUCGGCGGCGGAGAUGGAGGUGGGGCCGAGGAGCGGCACAUACUGUUCAAUACAGGGAGGUGUGAAGCGAA